GCCAAAUGAAGAAAAGCUGCGCAGAUAUUCAGCUCUAUUCCACGUGUUACAAUCUUAUCUAGAACCUACAGACAGACAGAGAACACUGGUCUGCACUGAUUUCAGCAUCUGCAGCUCGCUUUAUCAACAUCUGGAGAACCUUCAGACACCAUGUGUUCCACGCAGAACCAGAAGUGAUGCUGAGACAGAAGAAGAAAAGAACCUUCAGACGUGAUGUGGUCCACACAGAACCAGGAGUGAUGCUGAGACAAGAGAAGAACAGGAAGAGACCAGGCUCAUCCAGACCCAGUUGUUUGUCCAUGAAGAGUGACCAGUCUAAAGACCCCCCUCACAACUUCAGAGAUGAAUUACCCACAGAGGAACAAUGUGCAUCCAUGGAAAGAAGACAAUCAAAAGAUGACGAUCUAAACUCCAAAGACGGAUCGGGGUCUAUAAAAAUGGGUUCCCCCAAAAAAAUGGAGCCUAACUUACAGAAUUUCACUGACCAGCAAAGUUUCAAGAAGACCCCGGAUCUCUGUCGCAUCUUCUCUGAUCUGGAGAACAAAAUAAUUGUUUUCAUCAAGAAUGAGCUGGAGCGGUUCAGGAAGAUUCUGACAAAAGAAAACACAAAACACUAUGAAAAGCUGACAGAUGACUGGUGCAGCGCUAAAGAGGGAGCUCUUAAUCUUGCUCUGCACUUUCUGAAGAAGAUGAAGCACGAUAACAUUGCUGAUGCACUGGAGACAAAUGAGCUGGUUGUCAUUCGUCAGUGUGAACUCAAGUCCAAUAUGAAAAAUAAAUAUACACGUAUAUUUGAAGGAAUAGCACAGAAAGGUGGUUCUACUCUCCUAAACAAAAUCUACACAGAUCUCUACAUCACAGAGGGUGUUCAGAAAACCAUAGAGAAAUCAAUUCAGUGCAAUGACAUGUUCGAAGCACUAAGCGAAGAAGACAAACCCAUCAGAACUGUGAUGACACAGGGCAUUGCUGGCAUUGGAAAAUCAGUCUCUGUGCAGAAGUUCAUUCUGGAAUGGGCGAAUGGAACUAAAAAUCAGAGAAUUAAGUUUAUCUUCCCACUUCGAUUCAGAGAGCUGAAUUUGAAGGAAGGAAAACACAGUCUGAUGGAUAUUCUCAACCGGUUUUUCCCAGAGACGAAAGGUCUGAGAUUUCGGGAAAAGUACAAAGUCAUGUUCAUCUUUGAUGGUCUAGACGAAUGCCGACUCCCUCUUAAUUUCAAGAAAAAUGAGCACUGCGCUGACGAAACACAGAAAGCAUCGUUAGAUGUUCUGCUGACAAACCUCAUCAAGGGGAAUCUGCUGCCCUCUGCUCUGAUCUGGAUAACCACUACACCAGCAGCUGCCAGUAUGAUCCCUGCUGAGUUUAUCGACCGAGUCACAGAGGUGCGCGGCUUCAAUGAUGAGCAGAAAGAGGAAUAUUUCAGAAAGAAAAUCAGUGAUCAGGACCUGGCCAUCAAAAUAAUUGAUCACAUCAAAGAGUCAAGAAGCCUCCACAUCAUGUGCCACAUCCCCUACUUCUGCUGGAUCUCAGCCACUGUACUUGAGCAGCUUUUGAAAGGAACACAGAAUGAAGACACUCCAAAAACACUGACACAAAUGUACACACGAUUUCUGAUCUUCCAGACCGUACAGAAAAAUCAGAAGUCUGGUGAGCAGACUGCAUCGGAUGUACCCUGGGAUAAAGAGGGCAUAUUGGCCUUAGGAAAACUGGCUUUUCAGCACUUGGAGAAGAACAAUCUGAUCUUCGACAGCGAGGACCUAAGAGAGUGCGGUAUUGAGAUCAGUGAAACUUCCGUGUACUCUGGAGUGUGCACACAAGAGACUGGGAUGUUUCUGGGCACAGUGUACAGCUUUGUGCAUCUGAGCAUUCAGGAGUUUAUUGCUGCUUUGUAUGCAUAUGUUUGUCUCAACAAUGACAAGAAGAAUGUCUUUUCCCCCCAGAACACAUCACAGGAAAAUGGAAAUGAGACCAUUGUUAGUUUGCUGAAGACUGCAGUAGACAAGGCUUUAGAGAGUGACAAAGGCCACCUGGACCUCUUCCUUCGUUUCCUUCUAGGCCUCUCACUGGAGACCAAUCAGGUGCUCAUUCGAGGUCUGUUGACCCAGACAGGAAGCAGCUCAGACAGCAACAAGGAAAUAAUUCAGUACAUUAAGGAUAAGUUUGGAGAAAAUCCAUCUCCAGAGAGAUCAAUCAAUCUCUUCUACUGUCUGAAUGAACUGAAUGACCGUUCUCUAGUGCAGGAAAUGCAGAAGCAAAUGAAAGACGGAACACUUUCCAUGAAUGAACUCUCACCUGCAGAGUGGUCAGCUCUGGUCUUUGUGUUGCUGACAUCAGAGGAGGAGCUUGAAGUCUUUGACCUGAAGAAGUUCAUUGGAUCAGAUGAGUGUCUUAAGAAACUGCUUCCAGUGGUCGAAACUGCUAAAAUAGCUUUGCUCAAUGACUGUAAAUUGACAGAGACCAACUUCAAAGCUUUAGUCAAACCUCUAAGCUCAGAAUCCUCAAAGCUGAUUAAGCUGGAUCUGAGUGACAAUGCUCUACAGGACUCAGGACUAAAGCUGCUCUCUGCUGGACUGAGUAGCAAAAACUGUAAACUGGAGGAACUGAGCAUCAAUAACUGUGGCCUAACAGAGGAGAGCUGUCAAGAUAUGGCUAGAGUUUUCAGCUUAGAGCAUUCCAUGUUGAAAAGCCUGGAACUGAGUAAAAACAAUCUGCAGGAUUCAGGAGUGCAGCGUCUUGCUGCUGGAUUGGAGAAACAACAGGUUAAGAUCAAAAAUCUGAGGCUGUGUGACUGCAGCAUAACAGAGCAAGGCUGUGCUGCUUUGGUUUCGGCUCUAAAAUUCAAUUAUUCAUCACACUUGACAGAGUUGGAUCUGAGUGAGAAUAAAAUAGGAGUUGCAGGAGUGGAGAAGCUCUCUGUCAUAUUGAAAAAUUACAGUUGCAAACUGGAGAAACUGAUGCUCAGUUACUGUCAUAUUGCAGGGGAGGGAUAUGCUGCUCUGGCUUCAGCUCUGAAAUCAAACCCCUCAUCACACCUCAGAGAGCUGGAUCUCAGAGGAAACCAUCCUGGAGAUACAGGAGUGAAGGAGCUCACUGUUCUAGUAGAUGAUACAAGCUGUAAACUGAAGACACUGAGGUUGCUGAAAAGUUCUGAUGCAGAAGAAGCCUGUGAUUCUCUGACUCAACUUUUAAAAAUAAACCCUUUACUGCAGACAGAGCUGGAUCUGAAAGGAAAAAUACAAGGAGACACAAAAGUCAAGCAGCUUUCUCUUCUGCUGGAGGAUUCACACUGCAGACUACAAAAACUUGGGCUUUCAGAUUGCAGUAUAACAGGGAAUGGAUAUGCUGCUCUGGCUUCAGCUCUGAAAUCAAACUCAUCACACCUCACAGAGCUUGAUCUCAGAGGGAACGAUCCUGGAGAUACAGGAGUGCAGAAGCUCACUGAUGUAGUAGAUGAUCCAAAAUAUAAACUAAAGACACUGAGACUAUUGAAGAGUGAUGAUGCAGUAGGAGCCCAUGCUUUCCUUUUUGAAUGUCUAAAGAAAGAGCCUUUAGUUUUGACUGAGCUGAAUCUGAGCAAGAAAAAACUAGGAUCUACAGAACUGAAGCAGCUCUCUGCUCUGCUGGUGGACUCACACUGCAAAUUAAAGACACUUAGGCUCAACGAAUGUGAUCUAACAGAGAAAAGCUGUGAACAUCUGGCCAAAGUUCUCAGUUCAAAGGAUUCCAAACUGACUGAGUUGGACCUCAGUAACAAUCACCUAGGGGAUCCAGGAGUGAAGGAACUCUCAACUGCACUGAGGAAUUCACACUGUAAACUGGAAACCCUGAGGCUUUCAGAGUGUCGUGUAGGCGAGAAAGGAUAUGCUGCUCUGGCUUCAGAUCUGAAAUCAAAUAAGUCAUCAGUCCUGAAAGAGCUGGAUCUCAGAGGGAACGAUCCUGGAGAUAAAGGAGUGGAGCUAAUCAGAAGCACAUCUUUAAGGAAAAUAAGGCUGUUGAAAAACCAUGCUGCAGAUGAAGCCCAUGACUCUCUGACCAAAGCUUUUGGAAAAGAUCCUUUACUGCUGUCUGAGCUGGAUCUAAAGAAGUAUGAACCAAGGCAUGCAGGAGUAGAGCAGAUCUGUGGAGUACUGGAGGAUUCCCACUGCAGAUUGAAGACCCUUAAACUGUAUAAAUCAGGCAGUAUUACAGAGAGAGACUGUGCUGCUCUGGUUUCUGCUCUGACUGUAAACCUCUCACAACUGAGAGAGCUGGAUCUGAACAAGAAUAAAUUGGAUAAGUCAGGAGUGCAGAAGCUCUGCAGUCUACUGAAGAAUCCUCACUGUAAAUUGGAGAAACUGACGCUAAAUAAGAACAAUGUCACAAGCAAAGACUGUGCUGAUCUGGCAUCAGCUCUUUCUUCAAGUCUUUCACACCUAAGAGAACUGGAUCUGAGUGAAAAUGUAAUUCAAGAUUCAGGAUUGAAGCAUUUUUGUGAUGUACUGAAGACUCAGGAGUGUAAACUAGAAAAACUACUGUUAAUGAGCUGUGGUAUAAAAGAGGAAGGCUGUGCUGCUCUGGUUGUAGCUCUGAAAUCAAACUCCUCACACUUGAAAGUUCUGGACCUGCGUGAAAACAGUCUAGGAAAUUCAGUGAAAGAUCUUGCUGAAGUGCUGAAGGAUUCCAAAUGCAAUAUACAAUUGGGUGGCGUUUUUACGAAAAUUGUUAAUAGUAUUACUGGGUGGCUCUCUGGAGGUGGUACAGAUAGCCCACAAACAACACUGAGUGGAGUGGAUGAGGAAAGUGGACCAGCGUCGAGCGGCGUGUACGGAGAAAGACUGGCACCAGCGUCGAGCGGCUUGUACAGGCAAAGACCGGCGCCAGCGUCGGGUGGAGCUGACAUGUGUAAAGAAGCCAGAACUACACGUAGCCUAGCAGAGCAGACUUCAGAGAAGGGGAGUAACUAUGGUACAGGGCACUAAGAAGUUCAGCAACAGGUCUCACAAAAGAUCCGAUCAAAUCUCCUCCAAAAACAUACAGGACAAAUAAAUUAAUGUGUGAAAUUAAUUAAACAAAAAUUUGAAAAAUGAAUCACAUAUUCCCCUCAUAUGGGGUGGGAAAAACUCAAUUCUUAGGUGCAUCGUGAUGCGGACGUGAAACAUUCUGAACUGAUUCACAAAUGUCAAAAAUCAAUUUUCUAAAUUUUUAUUUAGAACGUAAUGUUGACGGAAUGCAAAGGUUGGAAGUUGGAAGUGCGGAAGUGCGGUGACCAGACAGUCUGUGGUGGCACAUAACAGGAACACCAGUGGAUGAGCAGGAAAUCCAACUUUGUGUUAAAGCCAGAUUAGAUCAGGCAUCAAAGCCCAAAUGUUAAGAAGAGACAUUUUGUCCUUUCAACAAAGUCAAACGACCUUGGGAGCCACAACAUUUGAUGCACAGUAUGUCUGGGUGUGAGCUGCUGUCCUAGCAGAGGCUAAAAAAUAUGAACGGAACCACAGUGAUACAUAUUCUUCUACUUAAAUAAAUAAAAUGUUUUAACUUCUC